AUUUUAUUUUGUUUAAUUUAAUUCUUUAAUUAAAUUGCUAAUAUUUACACGGUUUAAUUCACAUUUGUACAAUAUUUAGAAAAUAAUAGAAACGGUAACCCAUGUGAUAGGCAAGUGUAAUAGUUAGCGAAUUUCCCGUGCGGUUUUCACUGUUUAAAUUAAGUGCUUUGUUGUGAAACUUUCAAAAAUGCGUGAAAUAGUGCAUUUGCAGACUGGCCAGUGUGGAAACCAGAUCGGUUCAAAGUUCUGGGAGAUAAUCUCCGACGAGCAUGGUAUCGACCCAACGGGGCAUUACCAUGGCGACAGCGAGCUGCAGCUCGAGAGGAUCCAGGUCUACUACAACGAGGCGGCUGGUGGUAAGGCAGACAUGCGCUUCGUCCCCCGUGCGGUCUUGGUAGACUUGGAACCUGGCACGAUGGACGCGAUCAGAUCCUCAUCCUAUGGAGAACUGUUCAGACCUGAUAACUACGUGUUUGGACAGAGUGGAGCUGGCAACAACUGGGCGAAGGGCCACUACACGGAGGGCGCCGAGCUGGUGGACGCCGUGAUGGACGUGGUGCGCAAGGAGGCGGAGCCCUGCGACUGCUUACAGGGGUUUCAACUGACACACUCUCUGGGCGGUGGUACAGGGUCAGGCCUCGGCACUUUGCUGCUCAGCAAGUUGCGAGAGGAAUACCCUGACAGGAUUGUUAACACGUUCAGCGUUACCCCUUCGCCUAAGGUCUCGGAUACAGUAGUAGAGCCUUACAACGCGACUCUGUCUGUCCACCAGUUAGUGGAAAACACGGAUGAAACCUUCUGCAUCGACAACGAAGCGUUAUAUGACAUAUGCUUCCGCACGCUUCGGCUCGCUUCGCCCACUUAUGGCGACCUCAACCAUCUGGUGUCUCUGACGAUGUCCGGGGUGACGACAUGUCUGCGCUUCCCCGGACAACUGAACGCAGAUCUGCGCAAGCUCGCCGUCAACAUGGUGCCCUUUCCACGACUCCACUUCUUUAUGCCCGGUUUUGCCCCAUUGACCGCGCGGAACAGCCAGGGAUACAGAGCGUUGACUGUUGCGGAGUUGACACAACAGAUGUUCAGUCCGAUAAACAUGAUGGCGGCGUGCGACCCGCGCCGUGGACGCUACCUCACGGUUGCAGCCAUCUUCCGCGGCCGCAUGUCCAUGAAGGAGGUCGACGAACAGAUGCUCACUGUGCAGGACAAGAACUCCAGCUACUUUGUAGAAUGGAUUCCCAACAACGUGAAAGUGGCGGUAUGCGACGUGCCCCCGCGUGGACUCAAGAUGGCGGCCACGUUCGUGGGCAACACCACCGCCAUACAGGAGAUAUUCAAGCGCAUAUCCGAACAGUUCACACUCAUGUUCCGUAGAAAGGCGUUCCUGCACUGGUACACAGGCGAGGGUAUGGAUGAGAUGGAGUUCACAGAAGCGGAGAGUAACAUGAACGACUUGGUGUCGGAGUACCAGCAAUACGAGGAAGUAGGUGUCGAUGAAGAUUUCGACGAACAGGAAGAGGUCCCCGGAGAAGAGGAGUUUCCUGAAGAAUAAACAUAGCCUAUCUAAUGAAUACCCGAGUGAAAAAGAGCGGAAAAUUAAUAAAAUUAGGUCUUACAAUG